AUGGCAAUGAAGACAGCUGUGAUGAUGAUAGCAUCAACCUCCAAUGAAGUAUUGAAGAGCCAUGAUUCCUCAAACAAUAGAGGUCGUAAAGUAAGACAAGUUGGUGAAGAUAAUCUAUGGAGUACUCCACUUUUGUUGAAUCAAGGGGAUAAAGGCUCUACUUCAGCCUCAACGGCUCAAUUACUGACAUCUUCUUCGAGUAUCAAUUCGUGGGAAAUAAAAGAGGGUCAAAUAUUUGAGAACAAGCAAGAGUUGAAGAUGAAACUCAAUCUUUAUACAUUAAAGAAAAACUUUGAGUUUAAAGUAAAGAAGUUUGCAAAAAAUAUAUGGUGCACAGUAUGUGUUGAUGAUAAAUGCAAAUGGAGGUUGAGGGCUACUAAAUUGGUUAAUUCCAAUAUGUUCGAGGUUCGUAAAUUUUUCGGUGAACACACAUGCUCAUUGGAUGUUCGACAUAAAGAUCACCGUCAAGCAUCCCCAUGGCUUAUUGGACAUGUCAUAAGGAGAAAAUUUGAGGGUGAUUAUGUUAAUUACAAGCCAAUGUCAAUUGUUAAAGAUAUGAGUUUAUCAUAUGGAGUUCAUAUGAGCUAUGCUAAAGCUUGGAGGUGUCGAGAGCAUGCAUUGGCUUACAUAAGAGGUACACCAGAAUCAUCAUUUCAGAAACUUCCCUCAUUUCUAUACAUGAUGGAGCAAAAAAAUCCUGAAACUGUGACUCAUUUGCAGAUGGACAAUGAAGGUAGGUUCAAAUAUUGCUUCAUGUCCUUAGGUGUUUCUAUAAUGAGGUUUAAAACAUAUAUUCGCCCAGUUAUAUGUGUAGAUGGAACCUUCUUGACUACUAAGUGUGGAGGUACUUUGUUAUGUGCCAUGAGCCAAGAUGCUAACAAGCAAAUAUAUCCAAUUGCAUUUUCAGUAGUUGACUCAGAGAAUAAUGACUCAUGGUUGUAUUUUCUACUGAGGUUGAAGGAAGCGAUUGGUGAAGUAGAGAAUCUAGUAUUCGUGUCUGAUAGACAUACUAGUAAAGCAAGUGCCUUGACUAAAAUUUUUCCUCAGGCACACCACGGUGCUUGUAUACAUCAUGUUAGCAUGAAUAUCUGUGCGAAGUUCAAAACUGACCAUUGCCAUGAAGAAUUCUUCCUUGCAACGAAAGCUUAUAGAAAGCAAGAGUUUUUAUGCUAUUUUGAGAAGAUUAAAUUCAAAGAUCUUGCAAUUGCUCAAUACUUAGAGAAUCAAGUGGGUUUUGAAAAGUGGGCUCGUUCUUUCUUUCCUGGUCAUUGA